CUCUCCUGUGGGCGGGGAGAGUUGGGAGGGCUCCUCCUCGGGGGUGUUUCCCGGGAAGCCAGGCCAGGAGGGGGGGGCCAGGGAGGCCCACUCGCCCGCCUCGGAGGGAGGGAUGGCUGCUUGGAGCUGCUCCUGCUGCGCCUGGCUGUGCCUGCUCCUGGGCGCCUUGAGCGCGCAGGCCGAGCGCCCAGGUUUCCAGCCAUUAUCUGAUUUGUCUUCCUACGAAAUUGUGGUCCCCAGGAGGAUAACGAGAGAGCGCCGUGAUCUGCCCAAAACCUCACAGGACACAUUUUCCUACGUGAUCGCCAUCGAAGGAAAGGACCAUACGCUGGUCCUAGAAAGAAACAGGUAAGUGGCUUGUUCGGAUUUCCUUCCCCUGCAG